UGGAGGUAUGUAGAAAAAACAUUUAAAGCUGUCUCUAUGUCUGAAUCUCCGAAUCUUUCUGAAUCUCUCCGAAUCUAUAUGGAGGCUUCCGAAUAGAUUCAAAGAGAUUAAAUGGUCCUCUGAUUUGAUUUGGAGAUUCAGCCACCGAAUCGGGGUGAAUCUCCACCAAAUUGAAUCAGGGACCAAAGCUUCAAACAGCCUUAUUAUUUAUGGACAGUCUGUAAACUUAGGGACAGUUGUAAACCACAUACUCUCCAUUCAUCCCUACAGAUCUAAAAAGAAAAUAUCCUGCAGGUUGACCGUAGCAAUAGUUCACCUCACUCCUCAGUCAGCUGUAUGACCAGAAGUGCGGUUGUCCCUUCCCUGCUUGCAGUCUUUCUGUUCAGGGUACAAGAUGUGUAUUUGUUGUGUGUCUUUAGGAAAAAUGCUAGAUGAGAGAAGGAAGCAGGGAUUCUUUGGAUGAUAGAUUUUAUUGGACCUGUUAGAUAGAGUUGGAUAGAGUUAGACAAGCCUUUGAAUGCCAAACAUUGCUUCAUCAGGUCUGAGCAGAACAAGCCAGGCUCAGCAGCUGAGAGGGAGGCACCUCAUGAGGCUGAAAUAAGUUCCUCAUUCCUGGUUUUUUGUUCUUGGAUUUGAGUUCCUUUUUAAUGUUCUUCACAUAAUUAAAGGUUGCUAGUAAUUAAUUAGGCGUGGUGAAGGGUGAGAAUUUCAUCAGACUUGGCAGAUUUCAAGUUGAAAUAUAGCUGAGUGAUGUUGUAAAUGCUCGGGAGAUGCUCUGUAAAUGCUCUGGCCUGGUUUCAGAAUGACCUGGAUAAGGUGGGGACAUGGUCCAAAAUCAACUGAGUGGAAGGAAGGACAGAUUCAGGGUCCUGCAAUUAGGGUAGACCAAUCCAUGCACAAAUGCAGACCAGGAAUGACUGGCUAGUCUGCAGUACUUCAGAUAAGAAACUGGGGGUAAGUGGGUUAUAAGCUGAAUAGAAGCCAACAGUACGCUCUUGUUCCAAAAAAGCCAAAAGCACAUUGCGUUGUAAUAAUUGGCAAAACCACCACCUUUUCCCCCAACUCUGUGCUUCUGAAACUCAGUGGAGCCCUCAAUAUUGACAUUCCAGCCAGCAGAGUUGUCCCACCAGGUCUCUAUGAUACCAAUCCAUUCACAAUGCUUUUCACAGGCUGCGACUUCUAGCUCACCAUGUCUUCCCCACCCUUCUCACAUUGGACGUAUUUUGCAUUCCCACCUACUUGUUUCUCUUUUGCAUCAUUUUUUGCUGUCCUGUGGCUCCCUGGCCCUUUCCCUGCUUCCAGUCCUUUCCCUUCUGUGUUGUUUGCUCUGUUGCUGGAGGGCUUUGUUCACCAUCCCCCGUGGAACAUAGUUGAAAGCCCUCCUUCCUAGAUUGGCCAGAUGAGGCCCAAAGUUGCUGUUCCCAGUUCUGGUUAGACAGACUCCAUCUGUUGAUAGCAGCACUCCUUCCCAGAACAUCCAUCAGAUAUCAAGGAAUCAAAAGCCUUCACAUCGACACCACUCUCAGCCGUUCUUUUACUUCUAUGAUAUGAUGUGCCUGCCUCUACCUUUGCCUUUCAGUGACAGGAUUGAUAAUGCAAUUUGUGCUGCAGGCAACUUAAUCCUGGUUCUGAGAGUCUCAUAGACUCAUCUGAUCUGUUCAGUGUUGUUCCUGGUAGUAUUAUUGGUACCCACCUGGACAGGCAGGAAGGGGUAGUGGUCAAAGGGAUGGAUGAGUUCUGACAGUCUUUCUGUACCAUUCUGAAUACAGGUUCCAGGCAGACAGUACAUGAUACAUAUUUCAUAUGUGGUUUAGGUGGUAUGUUUGAUUCCUACUUUUUCAGUUAUAAUAUCAAAAUUGCAAAUCAUGCAGUGAUGAUAAUAGGUUUCACUUCUUCAUUUAGAGCACAGCUGGUAUCACUCUCAGCUAUUUCAGAUGAUGGAGACCAGGCCCAGCCUGCUUUCCUUUUUUUUUUUUUUUUUUUAGUUAGGGAGCUAAUACUCCCUUCAGCUCACUUUAUAAAAGCAAACAUAUAAAGUAAAGGUAUAUGACCUUUUCUGAUCACGCAAACAACUAUCUUCAUUUUUUAAAAUCUGCUCCUUCAUUCCUACUUCCCCUGCAUACACACACAUGCACAUCAACACAUUUUCUUUUAGUCCAAGUGAAGAUGCUAAACUUUUCCUUGCCCCAAGUUAUGGGCUAUUGUGUAUCUACUCAGGUUUCAUUGCAUUUCAAUAGCAUCUUCCAGAUGGGGGUUGUGAGAAGUGAAGAGUAUAGACAGACCCCAAACAGAGUUGCCAAACACAAUUUUUUUCCUUUUUAUUGAUAGUGUGCAAGCUUUUUUACUAGGAUAUGUUUUGUCUAAGAUAAAUGGAACCCUUCUGCCAGGACCUAGAGACGGGCUGGUUUCCAAUUUAUGGAUUCAAUACCAACCAUAAUGUAAAGAAAAAUUGGUUAUCACUCAGUAAGAAGUCUACAGAAUGCAAGUUUGACACCCUGUUGCUCCCACCCCACUGGUCACCCACUCACUCACACCUGGAUAUCCCCAACUGCACUAUGCACCAUGCUGCUCCCCUAGCCUAUUUAGUCUCCCUUUAUGCCUCAUGUACUCCCAAGAGAACACCUAGGAGGAAAAAAAGAUCAGAGUUGCUGCUUUUCUUGGGUGGAGCCUACUUUCCUGAGUUGCUGUCAGGCUGCUUGCAGGGCUUCCUGCAGAGCCCCUGAGCUGCAUGGAGCCCAGUGCUUUGCUCUGCAGCUGUAGGGGCAGCAAACUAAAACUCCUCCAAAGAAUUUUAGUUUGCUGCGACCCAAGUCAUUUAAGGCACAUUAUGCCACCGAAUUUGCUACAGUAGCUGUAAUUAAUGCACAAUAUGCUGCUGACGCUUGCAAACACUGACACCAUUAAAGCAGUGCAAAAACAUUUAGCCCACUUUAAAGUGUCAUGUACACAUGCCCCUGGUUUAGUCUACACAUGGCCUGAGAGUUCAUUAUGGAGUGUGGUGCUGUUUAAUUUGACCCGCAUAGCUUCCAUAAUGGCAUUUGAUGCAUUGGGUGAGCUGUAUCUCAUUUUGUAAUUAGGGCCAAUCCAACCAUUAGGCAAACUAGGCAGUUGCCUAGGGUACCAAAAUUUGAGGGGCACCAAAAUUAUAUGCAGAACAAAACAACAGAAACAUCACUCUAAAUAACAGCCCUGGCUGGCUACGGCUCCACCUUGGUCUAAGACCUUUGGUUCAGUAAGGGGAGAAAGACCUCCGAAAAGAUCUUAGGAGUUGUGAUUCUAGUGAUCUUUCCUCUAACUUUUCCUCUGUAUUGGAAGUGGUGGGAGCACUGAGGUAUGAGGUCAGUGAGAGUUAUUUUUUUUAUUUUGUACAGGGUACUGUAUUUUCUCACAAACCAAACAUACCUUUCCACCAAGAAUCAAACCUCCAAAAUUGGAGCAGUAUAUCCUAAGUGGGGAAACUGAUUUUUCUUUGCUGGAUUAGGAGCAGGGAGAUGCUGUGCUCUAGCUGCCAAAAUGGCUGCCACUGCUUUCUGGCUCAGCAAGCAGCAGGGGUGAGGUCCAGCAUUAAAGAAUUUGCGGUAGCCUUUGACUGAACACUAUAGUUUGUGCCUGAAGCACCAGAUGAGCUGGCACAGGGCAAGUGAGCUGCUGCAUGCAGCCUGGAGUAUUGUGAUGAAGCUUGUAGUAUGGAAACAACAAUGCAUUAUUCACAGGAACUCAUAUGAACUAUUUAUAGUAAAGAAGCAAUAAUCUUGCUACUGUCUUUGCAAAAAUAUGGGGCCUAGCCUUGUUGCUGUCUUGCCACCCCUGGAAGUUCCUGCUGCUUCACACAGGUUGUCUUCUGAGAUGCCACACUUCCUGAGCACUCUGCAUUUGCAGGAGGACUUAAUCCAUGUUACUUACUCAGUCACGACUCCAAAAACCUUUUUUUCUACUUUUCUGCCUUCUAAAAACAAGGUGCAUGUCUUAUAUUGGGGAUGCAAAGGAACUAGACUACUGUUUGUGGUGGGGUUUGUGCAGAUAUGAACACAAUCAAAGCCCUGAGAUAGUCAUGACUUCUGGGCUGUAGGUUCUGAAUCAGAUUUGAAGGAUCCAGGAAUAAAAUGUCCAGUUGUCAUAUGGCUGAACCAGCAAAUUCCUUCCAUAGCAAAAUCAUUUUAAUGUGUAGGCAUUGACCCCAUUUGUAUUGGGAAAUGCCCAGGAUGUUUGUGUUGUCUGUGUCUAUGUAACUUCAGGAUGGGGGAGGUCAGAGAAUAUUAAAAGGAGAGACACAUGCUGGUGAGCUGACAGUCUCAGUGCUUGGAGCUUGGGUGUGUGAUGCUGCUAAAAAUGAAAGCUCUGAUUUUUCUGGGUUUUUUCCUCCUGCCUCUGGCUGCUCAUGAGAAGGUCUAUGAAAGGUGUGAGCUGGCUGCAGCCAUGAAAAAGCUUGGGCUGGCUAACAUUCCAGGAUACUCUUUAGGGGAAUGGGUGUGUACAGCAAGAUAUGAGAGCAACUUUAACACAAAUGCCAUAAACCAUAACUCUGAUGGAAGCACGGAUUAUGGGAUUUUGCAAAUCAACAGCCGCUGGUGGUGCAAUGAUGGAAAGACUCCAGGAGCCAAGAAUGCAUGCAGAAUCCAGUGCACAGAGUUAAUGAAACCAGACAUUACUGCAACUGUUAAAUGUGCGAAGAGGAUUGUCAAAGAUCCACAGGGCAUGAACGCAUGGGUGGCCUGGAAGAAAUACUGCAAAGGAAAAGAUGUCUCCAAGUGGAUCAAAGGCUGCAAACUGUAAAAAAAGAGUUGGGGGCAUAACUGAGCUCAGCUCCUUUUCAAAAAGCAGUUUUUCACAUAAAGCAAAAUGCUCCCUCUCACUUGUUUCCCUUUCUAUAACAAAAUAAUAAAAUAAAUAAGUAAAAUAAAAAUAAAUUCAUAAGAAAGGCUUAUGGACUAAUUGGCAGAAUGCAAGUACUUUACUCUCUGCUGGUAAGACUGGAUAUUUCCACAUGACCGACUGAACAGACCUAUUUUGUGUUCAACCCCCUUUGAACACUGAUUUCCUCUGCUAUUUGCGUGCAUCAUUUUGGCAGUGAAGUUCUGCUGCAAUUCUGUUUUGCUAAUCACUACCAGUAUGAUAUGUCAUCUGGUUUGAUAGUGUUGUAUAAACUGCUAGUUUUGUGUCCCUGGAGGCUUGUCCAAUUUAUCUCAAGGAGAGAGUCACACACCCAGGCUGGGUCCAACUCGAGUUUAUUGUUUGUGCAAACAGAUCGACAGUGGAGCUCAAUGCUCAAAGCAAAGUCGACCCCGAGCCGUGCCCAAGGUUUCAUUUUUAUAGCUAACAUGAAAAAUAGAUUCCAACGUGGCAAUGUGUGAUUGGUUAUAUUUUUCUGCAAAGUUUAGUACAUGGGUAGUCCUAAAACGGAACUGCGGCAAAAGGCCUGCCGCAUGUGCAGUUCUGAACUGUGGGCCCCUUAGUAACCUUGUCUCUUGGUAUAAAUCUAGGGCAAUGAGCAAGUAUGAUGGUUAUAAAAUUUAUGUGCAGAGUAUUAAUCUAUGUGUUCUAACAAGAAGCCUUGAGUUUUAUCACAAAGCAAGCGUUGCCUGGACUGUUUUUUAUUAUGACACUGCUUAUCUACUGCAGGAAGAAAAAAAAGAAACAGCUCACAGUUCAGCUGUGAGGCCCUGUAUAGUGAGAAUAAGGGAUCAUGAGACAUUUUUGCCACAAUUGUAUAAAUUCAUUAAUCAAUAAAAUUGCUUAAUUUGCAUAUGGCUUUGUGACUUAUUGGU